AUGGCUGUCGGUCUCGAUCACUCGCUCGUCAACGGUGCCUCCGCCUUGCCGCUGGUGCGCCAACUGGCCAAAGACCAUGACCAAGUCUUGAAGACAUUCCGCCUUCUCAUUGCUGACCUAUGCCAGCAGUUUGGUGGAGGCCAUCCUGGUGGAGCGAUUGGAAUGGCUGCCAUUGGAGUCGCACUCUGGCGCUAUGUUAUGCGAUACGCCUCCCAUUCUCCCGACUACUUCAACCGCGACCGUUUCGUUCUCUCCAACGGCCACACCUGCCUGUUCCAGUACACAUUCCUGCACCUGACCGGAUACAAGGCUAUGACUUUCGAUCAGCUCAAAUCGUAUCACUCCGACCGCGUCGAUGCACUGUGCCCCGGGCACCCUGAGAUUGAGCAUGAGGGUGUCGAGGUAACCACAGGACCCCUGGGUCAAGGUGUCGCGAAUGCCGUGGGUCUGGCCAUGGCGACCAAGAAUCUGGCUGCUAAAUUCAAUCGUCCCAGCUAUGACGUUGUCUCGAACCACACUUGGUGCAUGAUUGGCGAUGCCUGCCUCCAGGAGGGUGUCGGGCUCGAGGCCAUCUCUUUUGCUGGACAUCUGAAACUCAACAACUUGACCAUCAUCUAUGAUAACAACCAGAUCACCUGCGAUGGCUCAGUCGACUUGACCAACACGGAGGACGUUAAUACAAAAAUGCGCGCUUGUGGCUGGGACGUAAUUGACGUGGAGGAUGGCUGCUAUGAUGUCGAGGGUCUCGUCCAAGCACUCGAGCGCGCUCGAGCAUCUCAAGAGAAGCCCACCUUCAUCAAUGUGCGAACGGUCAUUGGCCUGGGUAGCAAGGUCGCAGGAAUGGCUGCCGCUCACGGUGCUGCCUUCGGAUUCCCUGACAUCGCCGACAUGAAGAGGAGCUAUGGGUUUAAUCCAGAAGAGACGUUCGUCAUUGGUGACGAAGUUCGCAGUUUUUUCCAUGACCUCCCGGCGCGGGGAGAAUCUCUCGUUCAAAAUUGGAACACCUUGGUCAAGCGGUAUAACGCAGAGUACCCGGAGCUUGGCGCAGAGUUCCAGCGCCGUAUGCGCGGAGAGCUUCCCUCCACCUGGAAGGACUUGAUCCCUUCCAGUUUUCCAGAAAAGCCCACAGCUUCGAGGGCGUCUUCUGGUCUGGUUUUCAAUCCUAUCGCCAAGGAGAUUGAGAACUUCAUGGUCGGAACUGCUGACCUCUCUCCGUCGGUGAACAUGAUCUGGCCAGGGAAGGUAGACUUCCAGCAUCCCGCAUUGAAAACCACAUGCGGCAUCAAUGGCAACUACUCCGGCCGAUACAUCCAUUAUGGCGUUCGUGAGCAUGCGAUGUGUGCCAUUUCCAAUGGUAUGGCUGCGUUUGCUCCCAAUACCUUCAUCCCCAUCACUUCGUCCUUCUUUAUGUUCUACCUCUAUGCCGCACCUGCUGUCCGAAUGGGUGCCCUCCAGCACCUGCAAGUCAUCCAUGCGGCCACUCACGACUCGAUCGGCAUGGGUGAAGACGGUCCCACACAUCAACCCAUUGAACUUGCGGCUCUGUACCGUGCCAUGCCGAAUCUUUUGUACAUCCGUCCCGGUGACAGUGAAGAGGCGGCAGGUGCGUGGAUCGCGGCCAUUGAAGCCAAGAAGACCUCGACGAUCAUCUCCACAUCCCGCCAUGCCAUUCCUCAACUAAAGCAGACCCGUCGCGAUGGCGUCGCCCGUGGUGCCUAUGUCCUAGAAGAGGCCCAAGAUGCUGCAGUGACGUUGAUCGGAGUUGGAGCGGAGCUCUCCUUCGCGCUCGAGGUUGCUCAACAUCUGAAGGAGACUCAGGGUAUCGUAGCGCGGGUGAUCAGCUUUCCCUGUCAGCGACUGUUCGAGCAACAGCGCCUUGAAUACAAGCGAGAGGUUCUGCGGAGACACCAAAAUAUCCCGGCCGUCGUGAUCGAGCCGUAUGUUCCAAACGGCUGGGAGCGAUAUGCCGACGCAGGUAUCUCUGUCCGCCGGUUCGGUCACAGCUUGCCGGGCAAAGCGGCGUACAAGUUCUUUGGCUACGAGACCGGGGUGCUGUCGGCUAAGGUCAGCGACUAUCUCGGUCGUCUGAAGAAGGGCGAAGCACUCAGAGGUGAAUUUGUUGAUCUGUAA